AUUUGUUAUUCAUACCAUUUUAACAUUAUUAUUUUAUGUUUACAUCCAAUCAUGGAAUAUUAAGGACAUUAAUCCUGGAUACAUAUCUCAUAUCAUCAAAUCUUUUAUCUUGACAGUAAAUUCACGUCAUUUGAUUUCAGCCAGCGAGUGUCUGUUCAUCCUGGUAUUUGUCGUAUAAAAAUUCGAAAUUAAUUUUGUGCGAAACGAAAAAGGUACAUACCUUAAAAACUGUGGCCACCGAAUUUAAGUAAAGCAAAUAAGUAGUCUGAUGAAGCCAAUUUCGUAUUUAGGCCCUAAAAGUCAAUAUUUGCAAUCCCGGUACUCUGUGAAAAUUCCACGACGGUCUUUGAACUAUGACCCGAAUGCCCUUGAAUUGAUGCAUGAUUGUCGUACGUCGGAGGUAUGAUCAGAUAGGCGAUUAUCGCGGUUAAUCGCUAGGCUGGUUUUAGCGCCCAACGUUAGGUGAAUGUACUGUGAUAGAAGACGAUGGUACCAGUCAAAUCAUCCGCGAGCGCUUGUCCUUCUCAACAUGCCACCGUUACUUUUAUAACGCCACCCCCCCCGAAUUCGGAACACAUUCGAUUAUUCACGAAUGGUGCCAUCUGUGCAUUUAUGUGAAACGUUCCGCCUCGGUAGUUUUCACAACAUCCUUUAUUUCUGUAUAACGAUUGCAGGGCAUUGUCAAGCGUCUGCAUAACAUUGUUGUUGGUACCAUAUGUCACGUAUAUCUUGCAAGCAUUCAUCACAAACGAGGCACAUACAACAGGUCUAUAAAGUCCAUGCACCAUAAAGUAUUGUUACGUUAAUGCAACACUAUCGAUAACAUAAUCGCGCUCGCUAGCCGAUCGGGGACAUACCUUGCCCGUGGAGGGUGAGAGGGAUUAAGUUUUGUCUAUUUAGUGUGGCUACUAGCGUAUCGAGCCCAUGAGUGACAAGGAUGCGUUCAGUGAAUUUGUUCAAGCCUGUCAGCGCGCUGCUCCGGUGAGAUCCGCAGACUCCGACAUGAACAGUGGAGUUACCGCAGCGGCCACGGCACGAAGGUCCAUUAAGUAUUCCACAGCGGGCCAGACGGAGCAAGAUAUCGUGGAACUGGUAGCGAACACUGUAGAACAGAAGAACUGGCGUGGAAUUGCGAUUGCAUUACUCGUCAUUGUUAUCGUGUGUGCGUUCAUCAUAACAGCCAUCGUUCUGAUGACCCCAUCUACUAAUGAGCAGAAUCUCGGAAGUCCGUUCACACUGCAUGACUUCUUUGAUGAAAACAUAAAGCCAAAAGAUUUUCCAGUGCAGUGGGCCAAAGCAGGUGACAAGUUCUACUAUCGGAAUGAAGAAGGGUCUUUACUCGAAUAUGACUGUGCUUCCAACACCACUACCCUCAUCAUGGAUAACGUCACUUUUAGAAAUUUGGAUACAGGACACUAUACAGUUUCCCCAGAUCGGCAAUAUGUCAUGUUAAAACAUGAUGUGAUACCAAUUUUCCGUCAUUCCACACUAGCUUCCUAUUCUUUAUAUGACAUAAACACAAAAAGUAUGAAAAAACUGACAGGACAGUAUGGUGCAACGUUUCAGUAUGUUGAGUGGUCACCUCGACAUGGACACAGUUUGGUGAUUGUACAGGACAACAAUAUUUACUACAAAGCCAAUGUGGAGGAUGAUCAGAACCCAACCCCUUUAACACACACAGGCAUGCCAGGGAUCAUAUACAACGGUAUUCCUGAUUGGAUAUACGAAGAGGAGAUUUUCAGCACGGACCAUGCUCUGUGGUGGUCACCAGACGGGGUGUAUCUGUGUUACGCCAUCUUCAACAACACGAUGGUUCACAAAUAUUACUACCCGGUGUACUCAGACUACAACCACCCAUACGCCCAGGUCGUCACCAUCCCAUACCCUAAGCCUGGCUUUCCAAAUCCAACAGUUUCCUUACAGAUAGUGAAAAUGGGGGAAUGGUCUAAAGUAACAAUACAGACACCGAAUGAAUUCCUCAACAAAGAACACUACAUAACUAAAGUGAUGUGGAAGGAUAAAGAAAACAUUUGGGUCUGCUGGUUGAAUCGUGCUCAGAAUUUCUCUGUCAUGAGUAUAUGCCAUGCAUCUACUGGACAGUGCCAGAUAAGUAUUCGCGAAGAAGGGCAUGGAGGCUGGUUCAAACUGCAAGGUAAUCCGGUAUUCCCCUCUUCCGGGAACAAGUACUUCAUGAUUCUGCCACAGAAACAUACAGAGUUGGGUUACUUCAAACAUAUCGCGAUAGUCGACAACAAGAAUGCUAAUAUUGACGACAGGAAAUAUUUUCUGAUGUAUAUCAAAUGGGAGGUGACGGAUUUGGUGGCAUAUGAUGAAGUGGACAAGCUUGUGUAUUUUAUUGGCACCGGUGGCGACCCACGAAGACGACACCUCUACAGUGUUGGAUUGGAUAAGAAACUGACGUGUUUGUCCUGUGACCUUGAUGAGAAAUGUCAGUUCGUGAAUGCACGUUUCAGCCCCAGUGUUAAAUAUUACAUCCUGGGCUGUCUGGGGCCGACCGUUCCGUAUUACUCUCUUAGGGCAGUCGGAGGGGAUAGCGAAAUUAAAAGACUGGAAAAUAACACAGCUUUGGGUUUGAGGCUAGCAAAGGUGGCUUUACCAAGGGUAGAAAACUUCCAGAUUGAAUUAGAUAAUGGUGAAAAAUUGUGGGGUAGACUUUUGCUUCCUCCGAAACUGAAUAAGGAAGAGACACUUUUGUAUCCACUUGUUCUACAUGUCUAUGGAGCACCAGGUACACAGAAAGUGACAGAGAAGUUUGGGACUGGUUGGGAAACCUACUUAACCAGCUCUAAAGAUUUUAUCUAUGCAUUAGUGGAUGCUCGGGGCUCCGGAGGCCGGGGAGAGAAAUUUCUACACGAAGUAUAUCGAAAACUUGGCAAGAAACAGGUGGACGACGUAAUAACUGCUGCAAAAUACUACAGUAAGCUUUCUUAUGUGGACACACAAAAAAUGGCCAUCUGGGGAUGGUCUUAUGGUGGAUUUUUAGCCCUGUCCGUUCUGGGACGGGGAACUGGAAUAUUUCCCUGCGGUAUUUCUGUUGCCCCAGUAACAGACUGGAUAUAUUAUGAUUCUGUCUACACAGAAAGAUUUAUGGGCAUGCCAACUGGGGAUGAUAAUAUUCAGGCAUAUAAGGAAUCCAAUGUGUCAAAUUUUGCUGAAAACUUCAAGAAAACUAAACUGCUGUUAGUCCAUGGUACUGGAGAUGAUAACGUCCACUUCCAGCAUACUGCUCAACUAAUGAAAACAUUAAAUGAACACAACACCUACUAUAGAACACAGAUUUAUCCAGACAAACACCAUGGCCUGCUGGGAGGAAACACGCGGCGCCACCUGUAUGAGACCUUGGAGGACUUCCUUGAUGAAUGUUUCACAGGAGUCUCGACAAAGUUCGGAAACGUGGCACUGAUACCAGUCGAAGAGACUUAGCCUCUGACUUCGCCAGUGACCAGUUCCAGGGCAGGAGGAGGAAUUUACAACCAUUUUAACAACUAAAAUUAGCUAAAAAUAAACAGAUUACUUCAUCUGUUUUAUGGUUUCAUAGUCAAACUGUAACCUGGGGGAAAAUACUUAUGUAUAAAUUAUGUGUUGUACGUGCCCAACUCAGACUUCAUUGCAAAAUAUGCUUUGAAGAUACCAAUUAAUGUUUGUUAUAAAAAAUACACAUCUUGAAUAUGUGCAUUACAGAGAAGGCCUAAAAAGUUGUAUAACUUGUGCCUAAUCCAUUUGAUUUUUUUAAAGCAACAAAAUAUGCUUCAAUGAAUGAGCUUAGAUGCAUGUUUACUUUAAAAAAAUAUUAAUGCUGUUUAUAAUAAUUUAAUUAAAUAACAAAAUAUGUACAACAAAUGGGAUAUGACGACUACAUGAAUGUAGCUAACCAGCUUUAUUAUAUAACAUUUAGUGAAAUAUCUUAAAGUAUCAGUGAAAUAAAGUGUUAUCAGUCACUCAGUGAUGAUAACACAUUUUAGAGUGAAAAUUUCACUCUUUCACUCUAAAAUGUGUUAUC